AUGGAGUACGCAGACGAUGUUGACUUCCUGGACAAAGCAAAGAAACCCCUGGACCAUCUCCAGCCAGUAGCAGCGGAGAAACUAAAAGUCGACAACUUGUUCAUGAACGAGACGAAGACAGAGUUUACUCACGUAUACCUUGCAGAAGCCACGGAGACAGACUUGCACGGUAAGGAUGUCCGCGGCAAUGAGAGUUGGCGCAAGAACAAGACCCUAGGCUCCUUACUGUGCAGCACUUCAGACAUCACAGCUCACUGCAUUCAAGGCAAUGUAACAUUCCACACGUUACGGAAACUCUGGAGCCGGCGAACCAAGAUCCCGCUGAAGGCAAGACUCCGUCUCUACAACGCAUACUGCGUAUCAAUCAUGCUCUACAACUGCAACAGCUGGACAGCACCCAAAGUCAUGUUUGACAAGCUGGAUGCGUGCCACCGCAGACACCUCCGUGUCAUCACAGGUCACUGCUGGCCAAAGAGCCUUAUCAGCAACCAGGCACUAUACGAACUGUGCAAUGAAGAACCCUUCUCAUCAAAGGUCACAAAGCAAAGAUGGUCAAUGUUAGGCCAUGUCCUACGUAUGAACCCUGACACACCCGCUCAGAGGGCCUUAGACUUUGCCGUUACUGGCUCUCAAGCCUACAAACCCAGACGAGGACGGCAUUGGCCGAAGACCAAUGUGCAGGACUGA